AUUCAAGAAAGAGGAGAUUUUUAACUUUGGUUUGUCAUUUUGCCUUGCAAAAAUAUAUCUUAGCAAACCGUCAACCGUUUGUCAACGUUUUUGUUAGUUGCGUGUAUUUUUUCCGAUACGACAAAAAGAAGAUGAAUUCACUGCCAAAUGAGUUACUGCUGAAAAUCCUAGGUUAUCUACCGAACAAUAAAUCGGUAGCACUCGUCAGUCGUCGAUUCUACGAUGCAGUUUGUACGUUGGACGCAAAAGACGAGCGCCUUAUCUUACACGUUUACGAACCGAAAGAGAAAAACGACAGAUUCAUUCGUAGCGUGAUGAACACAACGCGACCCAUAAGAAACGUUCUGGUCAACUUUGCGUCAGUGGAACGUGAAGUGGUCUUUGGUGUAUUGAAGAAAUUCACUGAAAACAUCGACUACCUAAGUGUGUGCGCGGAAAAAGGAUCGGACUAUCUUGAAGCGAUAGAACUCGUUCCAAACGUAAUUCAUUUGGAGCUGGUUUCCCUGGCUUCCUGCAAUUAUAUCCCGUCGACCAAGAAGGCACGUCAUGACGAUGAAAACAACAAAGUGCUGAAUUUGUUGCGAUUGAGAAAAUUGCAAAUGGAUCGAUGCUUGAAUUCAGACGUCGUGGAAAUGUUCAAUCGAUUGCCGGAUGAACUUUUGAAUGAACUAUCAUUAUUGGCUUCACACUUGAGUCGAUCAUAUGAGCUGUUCCAAAAGCAGAGAAAUAUAACAAAACUUACAAUCACGCGGUGCAGAUGCAAUUGUGUAUGCGAUCACAAAGCGAUGAUCAUCAGAGAUGCAUCUAUUUUCGACCACUUGCAAUUGAAGUUUCUGGAAUGGCAGGCCGAUAAAUUCGAAGACGCGAACGUUGGAUCCGUGUUGGCAAAGCAGAAAAACCUUGAAAGUCUGAGACUGGUUGCAAUGAAAAUUAGUGUCGACCUACUAAAUGUUAUAACGGAUCAGUUGCGUAAGCUUCACACACUUGAGAUUGGCAUUACCAAUCUACCCACCGAUGCCGUUAAAAAAAUUACCAAAUUGGAGAAUUUGACCGAUCUCACACUAUGGAGCGACGACGAGGACAGUACCGAAGUGUUCAGAGAAUUAGCUAAGUUGGACAACAGUCGAAUCACUGCACUGAACAUUCAGCAUUGCUUCGGUAUUCCUGAUGAUGUGAUUGCAUCAAUGUCCAGAUCGCUUCCAAAUUUGAAAAGGAUCGCCGUCCAUUGCGUUUUUAGCAUUAACACAUUCUCGGCGAUUUUGAAGCAUUUCAACUACGUUGAAGCUGUACAUUUGGAUGCAGCGGACAUCAGCUGGGAUGCUAAAGAUCGCACUGGUAACUGCGAAUCGCUGUUGAAACGAGGAUAUGACAACCACAAGCUAACCGAACUCCGGAUAUCGUAUCCCAUAGCGUAUUCUUUGAAAAUGGUAGAGAAAAUGGUUGCGUACUAUCCACAUUUGAAAAGACUGGUCUUUUUCCCGACGAAUCGCUUAUUUUACAAUCCGUUCGUGGGAAUUCUGAAAGGUUUCAAGGAAUUGGAAUCGCUGUUCAUUCUACGGUCACUGUACGAGGUCAAGAAACGAUAUUACGACCUAAAUCUAAUUGUCGAGCACGGAAUCAAUUUGAAGUUUGUUGCGCUGUUGGAUUUGGAGUUGGUUGGUCACGAUGUGUUGAUGAUUGAGGAAAGUGUUCGCAAAAAGUUCGGUUUCAUUCAAUAUGACCGAAAGUUGGGAGUGAAAAUGGCUGUUGGCAGACGAAUAAUGAAAACCGAAUGGGAAUAUGUGAUGACGAACACCGAUUGGGAAUAUAUCCGGCCGUACUGAUCGAAAGAUUAUACUGAAUUUGAUUUUGUUUCAAUUUAAGACAUUGUUGACUGUUCAGAUUGAUUUUACGACCACAUUUUAAAAUAAAAAUAAUGAACAC